GACGGGUCUUAGACUACUUCUUCGAUGAGUUUCGGUGUCGAAACUUCGUCCCGGAUGAGUCGCGUUCGAUUUUGAAAAAAAGUACGCGUCCUAGCGCGUACGUUUACCGUUGUGGUUCAUUUAUAAUCGAAAUCUAACAGAGGGGACGACAAGGUGUAUGGAUUGCUGUGGAGAAUAUCACUCGUGUUUGAAAGAUGGGUCAUGCUUCGAGUCGUUCUGCUUCGUCCGCGAAAAUCUUAUCCGCGGACGAGCUGACCUUAGUGGAGAACCUCUUCAAGUCGAUGUCCCGAAGUUCCGGAUCCAUAAAACGCGAGGACAUAUUUAAACACUGGUCGAGCCAUUUGGAUGAUAUAUUGUUGCAAUGUGUGGUGCGGUUCCUCUGUCAUGAGCCAGGAAAGAGAGUUUCUGCUAUAAGCGGAGAAAACUUUGGUCGUCUGUAUGUAUUUGCUGUGAGAGGCAGUUCCAAAGAGAGGACCAGCCUGAUCUUCAAUGGCUUCUCAGAAGAAGAACCGAAACAAGAUAUAUCCACAGCAAUGUUCCUCCAGUACGUUCAAGCAACAAUAAAUUCUUCCCUCAGGCUGCAGAAGAAUUCUGGGAAUGCGCAUUAUUUAACUUGGAGCAGCAUCGGUUGCACAGUGAAUACCAGGCGGAUAGGAAUGCAUUCAAGAAGUUUGUGCGAAGAUCUUGUUAAGCAUGGAGAUACACUGACAGCCGAUCAAAUUGAAAACUGGUUUGCAUCCGCAGCUACAUUUAAAUUGAUCCAAUCUCAUGUCUUCCAGUGUCUUUUUCUGGUAUCUCAGAAGAAAGGGGACAAGAACACAAGCGGUCGAAUAAAUGAUUUGAAUCUGCUGCCAGUGUGCAAGGGUUUGGAAAAUAUACCACAUUUCCCAAGUAUCCUGGGACUGGGUGAUGUUCUGUUUCUGAAUUUGAGUUUGCCUUAUAAACUUCGCGACGAAUGGAGAUUUCUAUUCUCUAGUCAAGUCCACGGAGAGUCAUUCUCCACCAUGCUAGGAAGAAUUACAAUGCAGGGAUCCACGAUCAUAAUACUCCAAGAUACAGAGGAUCAUGUAUUUGGUGGUUUUGCAUCGGAUAGCUGGACAAUUGGUCCAAAUUUUAUAGGGAAUUCGACUUCAUUUUUGUUCAAACUUGAACCAGAGAUAUUAACAUUUUCCUGUACGGGUUACAAUAAUCAUUAUCAGUAUUUAAAUCUUCACCAACAAACUAUGCCUAAUGGUUUGCUUAUGGGAGGACAACUUAAUUACCCUGGACUGUGGUUGGAUAGCGAAUACGGAACUGGUAAAUCUAGCCUAUCGUGUACGACCUUUCAGAAUUAUGUGCAACUCAGUGGCAAGGAGAAUUUUAAGAUCAAACAUUGUGAAGUGUGGGGUGUAGGGCCACUACCGGAAGUAGAGGAGAACGUACGUGAUCAAAAAUCGAUAUUGGAUCAAGAUCCUACCUCUAAAGUUAUGUUAGAAAUGACUGGGCGUAAAAUGCACAGCGACGGACUGAGGGAAAAGAAAGAGUAAUCGUGGCGUUGAAGGUUAAGGGGUAUAUACAAAUCUGUGUCAGGCUACUUAAAAUAACAGCUGUUUAAAACAAGAAUCAUUGUAAAACAGUAUAAAUAACUGUCGUUGUCAUAUCAGUACCUUCGUAAUUCGCGUCAAAUUAUCUUGACAUGAUCGCGUUUUACAAGUUUAUACACGGUUUCUUUUUAUUUGCUAUUAUUCGCCGUUCGAACAAAAAAAAUGUCCAUUUCGCUGUAACGGCCUGAUCUUUCUCGUGCUAACUGUCAUAUCCAAUCGCCAAAUCGGUCGUUGUAUAAGCUCUUAUGCCGUCUACGCUACUUAACGAACACCGUAUCGUGAUAUAGAAACAAAUAUCACACAAGUUGCUGUGUCUUUUGAAUGCCUAUUAUCUAGUGCCUGGUGAGUCAUCAAUCAUUUUUAAUCGAAGUAAUUGAUACGCUGAUCAAAGUCUACUGAUGAACGUUGUACAGCAUGGAUUACUAUUUAUUAUAUAAGACUGUGUGUUAUUCCUAUGUGAGUCGUCGCACAAAUGUGUUGACAUAGCUCGUCGAAACAAUAAAACCAAAGAGAAAAUAUCGCAACGUUGCUCAGUAUGCUGGAAGUUCAAUAAAGAUC